AUGCUUGGAAACAAUCACUUUGGAAUACUCAAAGAGAAGUUGAAGUUGAGGUUGCAGCAACCGCUGGCCCCCAACCUCUACUACCAUUCAUCAACAAUCACACGCUUUACUCUGGUCACGGAUACUGAGUUGUUCGAUCUGAUCUACGACGAUUGUCCAUCAAUGUUUGUGAUUGUCAACAUGUUGGAGUGGUCAUCAACUACCAAUGCAUCAUUGUUCAGACAUGUACUACAUAGAUUCAGACUGGCCUACGACUGUGGCAAUGACUACUCUCUGCUCACAUCAAAGGUCAUCGAGAUGAAUGAUCCUCAGCUACUGAGAGCCAUCUUGGAGGACCGUCCACAGGCCAAGUUCAAAGGUGGAAACUCAACGUCCACUACAAUCAGAUCACCAGAGAUAUUCAAAGUACUUAAGGAGUUUGAUAGGCAUGAUAUCAUGCAUCACUAUCUUUCAACCAACACUUUGGGACGAUUGUUUGAAACCAACAGCGUGGAGAUAUAUCAAUAUUACACGUCGCAUCAUCCAUUAGAUGUCAAUGGCACGUCUAGAUCAUGGUCGAGCUCACUUGAACAACUGUUGAGUGAGCCUCAGAAGAUGACUCGUGACCGAGCUGACCUCGUGGAGUAUUUCAUCAUUCAACAGUACCCUGGUUUGGAUUCAUUAGCUAAGAUCAAUGAACAGGUGGAUCAUGUAUGUGAGGGAUUGCCAUCAGAGAUAAACGCAUACAUCAGAUUGUAUCAAUACGCCAGAUAUAAUCGAUCAUCAUUGAACAAAGAUCUUGGUGCCUACUCUGUCAUGCUCAAUAAUGGACUUAGUCAAGUGAUCUCCAUUGCCAACUACUUCAACGGCCAUCAUGGAUUGAUUAAAUUCCUAAUGGACAUUGGAUAUUUAAAUCAAGUACUCACUGAAGGCUCAUUGGAGAGUGUAAAGACAGCAUGGUCAAUUGAUCCAACUCCAGUGGCAAUCAUUGGAAACAUCUAUCAUGUGGAGUUGGAGGUGGCAAAGUUCAUACUUGAGCAUCACUCUAUGGAGGACAACGAGUGGAAGCUCUCAUCUGUCAAAGAUCCUAUCGACCCCGACACCGUUAUGUAUCUGUAUGAUCAAGGAUUGAUCCCUCGCACCAAGUACCACAUGGGACACUUUGCCUACUGUUUGGCCAAGAAUGGACACUUCCGCCAGGCACACAAGCUGGCGCCGCACCUCAAACUGACCUUCCUCCCGCCAGACUUUAUUGCAUUCAUCCAGCAUCCACUGCCUGAAAUGGAGGUGCUCACAUUGGUUCACUCAAUCAAUCCCAAGUUCGACUCGUUGAACUUCUACCUCACGGCCAACGUUGACUUGGAGGGCUUUGAUCACUUCCUCUCAAUAAUUGGCAGCCAUUUGGCCAAGUCCUAUAUCCAAGCAUUCGAAUACCACAACACACAUCAAUAUAGGAUACUCGAUCACAUUGCCAACAAGUACGCACAGCACAUGAGCUUCAGCCUCAAGGAGAAGUACUUCCUCGGUCUCUACUACCUGGGACAUCACGACAAGAUGAUGCAGUUUGCCAAGACAUGGUUGUUGGACCCAGCAGUCGACUCUCUACUCUGGGGAUUGGUUGGCGAGAUUGGUCAAUACAAAUACUUUGAGCAGGCAAUCCAAUAUCAUCAAGAUGCUGCCAAGGCUACAUUGGAUCAAGAGUGGGCUGCCAGCUCUGCACUCAGACAAGCUGUCAAGUUCUCACGUAUGGACUUUGUCAAGCAAGUACUACAGACCUACAAGAUGGACACCAAGCCAGAUUGGAAGGAGGUCAACAUGCGUCUUUGUCUUAGUUUGGAUCAGUUGUCCAUGUUUCAAUACAUCCUCUCUCUUCCGGAUGCCGUGAAGAAGGACAACACCUAUUCUAAGUUGUUCCAGACAGCCCUGGACCUCGGUGCUGGUCGAUGCGCCAAGUAUCUUCUCGAGAACCAUUCAAUUGUCAAGCUACCAGUGGUCACUCAACAAAACAUGUUGACGGCCAUACCAUUGAUUGACAUGAUGAUUGCAAAGGGUGUCUACUCGCUCCAACUUCUUCCAGAGUCAGGUCCCAUCAAGCUUAACUACCAGAGUUGGAAGAGUAUCCAAACAAUGAUCACUAAAUAA